AUGGCUGGCGGUUUCGUCAAGGGCGAGAUAAAGUUGGACACGAAGCCGGUGUAUUACUCCGGCCAGGUCGUAUCAGGAUCCAUAGACUUUACUCUGGAUAACCCAAUAUCUUUUUCUGUAAUCUACAUACAAUUUAUUGGAGAGGCCACAGUGUCUUGGACUGAGAGUGAAAUAGAGACUGUGAAUGGUGUUCAGAAUCAUAGAAUUAUUAAUUAUGUUGGCCGAGAGGAAUACUUUAACCAAAGAGUUACACUGGCUGGAGGGACAGGUGUUUCCCAACUGUCCGCUGGUCCACAAUCCUAUGCCUUCACUUAUCAGCUUCCUUUCAAUGCCCCUUCCUCUUUGAAACGAGAACAGGGUAAAAUAACAUACUCCAUGAAAGCACACUUGGUACAUGCGGACCCUUCAAUACUGGUUGAUGAGUUGGAAAAGGAAUUCGAAGUUGUAGCACCUUUUGAUCUAAAUUUAGGAAGUACUUUGAUUAAACAACCUACACAAGUGGAAUUUGAAGAAGUGUAUGGCUGCGAUUGUUUCUGCAGUACCAACCCUGUUACGAUACGCGUAAAGUUGCCGUACUCUGGUUACUGCCCUGGGCAGGUCAUACCCAUCGCGAUUGAAGUUGUCAACCAAAGCAGUGUUGAAAUCACUAAGAUGAUAUUCCAAAUUGUGUCGAAAGAGCUAUACCGCAGUCACCAGCCGCCGUCUGAGUACAUACUACCGGAGACAGUGCUGGCCACCACAAAGAAGGGGCCCGUAAUGGCGCGGAGCAAGCGGAGCCUGACCUGUGAUCUCGUAGUGCCGGAGAUUAUACCACCUUACCUUGAGAACUGCGGUAUCAUCGAUGUUGGGUACUUCUUCAGGGUAACAAUAAAACUAUCAGGAUGUAAUGACGAACUGCAAGAUGAAGCUGAGAUCUGUCUCGGAUUGGUACCUUUGAGAGAAUUUACUGAAGAGUAUGUGCAUCCAUUGGCGGAUAGUUUGCCAACGGGGCCUAUUCCAGACAUCAGUCAGGCACCACCCCAUCUCCUGCUUCCUCCUGUUAUCAUCACCAAUGCUGUAAGAUCGUCCAACGCCAGCCUGAAUAGAGUGCAAUACGCCCCUACUCAACUAAACCCCUACCAAAAUCCUCCUCCUUACCCUGGUCUAAACAGCGGCUACCCUGGACCUAGAUCAGCAUCUCCAGCACAAAUGGAAAUGAAGCCUAAACUUGAGAUAGGGUUCACAGUACCGGCUGAUGUAAAUACAGGGUAUCCGGGUGCUGGGUCGGGGUACCCGAGGUCUGGUCCGGCUUAUCCGAUAAACCCUCCGGUUAGAAGAGGCAAUCCUCCAUCUUAUGAGGCUAGUAUACAAUCUCCUUACCCUCCAAGCAAUAUGCCUGGUCCCUCUUAUUCUCAAGGAGGAUUCGCGCCGUCAGCCCCACCGCCUUCGUAA